AUGUACAGAAGCAGCUACCUGCGUGAAGUUCGCAAGGAGAAAUAUGAGAGGUCGGAUGCUUUCGAGGAGCUGCCCCAGUCGCCCGAGUUUGGUAGCUUUGCCCAAGCUCAGGGCCUGGAGAACCUGCAAGAGCUCAACGAGCGCUUUGCCAACUACAUCAACCGGGCCCGGGUCCUCGAGCAGCGCAACGCCAUCUUCCGCAAGCAGCUUGAGACCUUUCAGCGCAUGGAUGAGCUGGCCGGGCUGGAAGAGGCUUUCGCAACUCAGGUCGACCUCAACCGCCAGCGGGUUCGCGAACUGGCCGCCGACAGAGCUAAGUUGGAGCGGGAGGAGAAAGAUGCUCACCGCAUGCUGGAUGAGUUCCGUAACAAAUAUAGAAAUGAAUGUGAGUAUCAGCAGAUGUUGAAAACUACUCUUGAACGACUUAAUAAGGAAGCUGAUGAAGCUUUGCUGUGUAAUCUGGAACUACAGAUUGAAUCACAGUUCUUGCAGGAUGAUGUUAAUGCUGCAAAGGACAGAUACAAAAAGAACCUCAUGGAAAUACAGACCUAUGUCAGUAUUUUACAGCAGAUCAUGCAAACGACUCCUCGCGUAUCCACCAUCGCAGCUGGAGCCAGUGAGGAGAAGCUGAUAACUGAGAGGAGGAUUCCGAUUCUUCAAAGCCAGUUAGAAGAAUACAAGAGCAUCCUAUGUCAGCUCCAGGCUCAGAAAAUUAAACUGCAGACUGAGACAACAAUGCUGGAACAGGCUAUUAAAAACACCCAGGAAAGCUAUGAUGAUGAGAUUCAGUUGUACAAUGAGCAGAUUGACACUCUGAGAAAGGGCAUCGAAGAUGCUGAGAGGACCUUGGAAAAAUACACCAACGACUGCCGCCAGCUCUCCAUUUAUAAGCAGUCUCUGGAGAGUGAACUUGAGCGCUACAAACGUAUUAUUGAAAAUGAAGAAAGCAGGUUGAAUUCUGCCAUUGUUGGAACCCCCGUGACACUAUUUUCACAAAGCUACAAAACCACACAGACCCCAGCUCUUGGAAGGAAAGACAUUACGUUGGUUGCUCAAGACAUCACCAGUGCAAAGACCAGACAAAGGAGUCUGCCAAAAAAGAUCUCAAGGAGGAAGGAGAUCACCGCUAAAGACCUCGGCAAUGGUGCUCCAUCGGAAAAAAGGUAUGACCGGCCUUUGGAAGGCCUUGAUCACGAUCAGCUGGAUUUCAAGCACGAGGGAUUAAUGAUCACAAGCGAACAUAGGCAGGAUGAAGUUGAAGACGCGGAGCAAGAGAAGGCUGCAGAGGAUGUGCCUGAUGGAGCACAGAUAAGCAAAACUUUUGAUAAACUGUGCAACAUAGUGAGAGAGAGGAUCAGAUGCUACCAGAGACCGGAACCCAAAAGCGACUUCUAUACUAAAGGGCGGUAUGUACUUGUCACCGGUGAGGGAAGUUACGAUGACCCCUGCUUCUACUCUUCACCCAUCCCUUCUGGAGGUGGAAUCACUGUCUCUGACAGCGAAGGUACGAUGCCCAGUGGAGGUGUUGUAGAACCAAUAUCAGAGCUACCAGAACCGCUUGAGAGCGACAAAGGUAAACCCGAAGCCCAAGAAUCACAAGAGGGGCCCAAGAUGCCAGAAGACCUGAAAUAUGAGUAUAAACCAGAAGAAGACAAAGCGAAGGAAGAUGUCUUUGAACAGUGGGGGAAGCCUGAAGGGAAACGCGAAGAGCCAGCAAAACAGCCGGGGAUCGAGGAAUAUGGGCCAAUGACCCCAAUGGGUCCGAGUGACAGAACUGAAGCAGGCGUAUACAUAGGCAAGGAGUAUGGCAGGACAGGUGGCCUCUCUUUCAAGGAGCUGAGCCCACCAAGCACCAUGAGUUACGAGAAAGUGGAAGUGGUGGAAUCCAUCGAGAAAUUCUCGGACGAUAAAAUUCAGACGUACGAAGAAACCGCCAUGAUUGUGGAGACCAUGAUUGAGAAGACCAACAAGAAGAAGCUGGGAGACAAAAGCUCUUAAUGAGCAUCUCCGAAGCAGCCAGUUUGUCCAGCUGUCAGUCAUGAAUGUGGUGUGCUCCUCAAGGCUUCUUGCUGCAUAAAGUUAACACUAAUAAGGCCAAUGGAACUAUUCCAGAGUGAGUGGGUUUGAGGACCGUAGCCUAAAGGCCAUAUUUUGCUUGCGUUCUUCCCAACCCCUUUCCAUCUUUGGAUGGAAUGAUAAAAAAAUAGUGGGUUUUGUUGCUUGGAAUGAAGCUGGCUUGUCCGUUAACAGCAAAAUAUUGGAUUACAUUGUUACACUUCUGAGAUCUUAAACCCGAUUCAUGAAUUGCCUGCUCUAGUGUGAUCUGCUCAGAACAGACCCAAUUAUUAACCACGGCGGUAAAACAUGUACACUCCUGGUUGC